UUUCAAGUGGUGGGCAUGCCUCCGAGCAUAGGGUUUUAAACCUGGUCCUAGCUCCAGGACACAAGCAUCGGCCUCGGCGGCGACGAAUCCUCCCUCUCCUCGCAGCUCGCCUUGUCUGGUUCCAAUGGCUGCCAUCGCCAACGUUUGCGGGACUCCCAUGAGGAGCGCUCUCAUUCCCAGCCAUGAGAUCCAUCUCGCCAAGCCAAUCAAGGUCUCUACUUCGGUGAGGAGCGGCAAGCUACCAGCGAUUGCGAUGACUGCCGCAGCUACAGCAACGGAGAGCGUCGCGAAGCAAGACAGCAGCAAGUCUUCGCAGAUCAUGCACUCGCUCUCUCCUGAGAAGAUCGAGAUGUUUAAGUCGCUCGAGAGCUGGGCGGAGGAAUCCAUCCUCCCAUUCCUCCGGCCGGUGGAGAAAUGCUGGCAGCCCCAGGACUAUCUCCCGGAGCCAUCCUCGGAGAGCUUCUACGAUGAGGUCCGCGAGCUGAGGAAGCGAGCCGAGUGCUUGCCCGACGACUACUUCGUCUGCCUCGUCGGGGACAUGAUCACCGAGGAAGCACUGCCAACUUACUUGACGAUGCUCAACACUCUCGACGGCACUCGCGACGAGACCGGUGCGAGCCCGAGUCCGUGGGCAGUGUGGGGGCGUGCCUGGACCGCCGAGGAGAAUCGUCAUGGCGAUUUGCUCAACAAGUAUCUCUACCUCACUGGACGAGUCGACAUGAAGCAAAUCGAGAAGACGAUCCAGUACUUGAUCGGUUCUGGAAUGGAUCCCCAGACCGAGAACAAUCCAUAUCUCGGGUUCAUCUACACGUCCUUCCAGGAGCGAGCCACCGCCAUCUCUCAUGGCAACACUGCUCGCCACGCCAAGGACCACGGAGACCACAAGCUCGCGACUGUUUGCGGUCUCAUCGCAGCCGACGAGAAGCGGCACGAGAAUGCUUACACCAGGAUCGUGGAGAAGCUGUUUGAGAUCGAUCCGGAGGGCGCGAUGCUGGGGCUGGAGGACAUGAUGAGGAAGAAGAUCUCCAUGCCGGCUCAUCUCAUGUACGACGGCCAGGACAAGAACCUGUUCGAGCACUUCUCUUUGGUGGCACAGAGGACGGGGGUGUACACUGCCAAGGAUUACGCAGGAAUUCUGGAGCACUUGGUCAAGAGAUGGAACGUCGAGUCCAUCACCGGAUUGUCUGCUCGCGCGCAAAAGGCCCAGGAUUUCGUGUGUGGUCUCCCUCCUCGGAUCUUGAGACUAGAGGAGCGAGCUCAGAGCAGGGUGAAGAAGGGCCCCAAGACUGGAGCGUUUAGCUGGAUUUUCAACAGGGAAGUUGCGCUCUAGACGAACAACGCUUUGGAAUCUACCCGAGAAAAGGUGUACAUUACGAGUUUAGUGUUCUAGUGAUUUUCAAAUAAGUACGGGGUUUUUAUUUUUUAUUAAUUUGUAUUGUGCUUCAAGUCCA